GUGCCCCGCGGUGAUCACGUGGGUCUCCCUCACCGUCCCGGACUCUCAGUGUCUGGAAUCACCGCCGCUGUUGUCUGCUGUGGAAAUGGUUUAUUAUUUCACCAGUAAUGUUGCUUCUUCACCUUACACGAUAUAUAUGGGAAAAGAUAAAUAUGAAAAUGAGGAUCUAAUCAAGUAUGGAUGGCCAGAAGAUGUUUGGUUUCAUGUAGAUAAAUUAUCUUCAGCUCAUGUAUAUCUUCGAUUAUACAAGGGUCAAGUAAUUGAUUCCAUUCCAAAGGAAGUACUAAUUGAUUGUGCUCAGCUAGUUAAAGCCAAUAGCAUUCAAGGGUGCAAAAUGAAUAAUAUAAAUGUUGUGUACACUCCAUGGUCCAAUCUAAAGAAGACUGGUGACAUGGACGUGGGACAAAUAGGAUUUCACAAGCAAAAGGACGUGAAGGUAAUUGCAGUGGAGAAAAAGAUAAAUGAAAUUUUAAACCGGUUGGAGAAAACCAGAAGUGAACGAUUUCCAGAUUUGGCAGCUGAGAAGGAAUCCAGAGAUCGUGAAGAGCAGAAUGAGAGAAAAGCACAAAUUCAAGAAAUGAAACGAAAGGAAAAAGAAGAAAUAAAGAGAAGAAAAGAAAUGGAGGAACUUAGGUGCUAUUCUAGUCUUAUGAAAUCUGAAAACAUGAGUAGCAAUCAGGAUUGUGGUUAUGACUCUGACGAUUUCAUGUAAAGUCUGCUCAAAGCUAUCACAUAGACAUUUUAAAUUGGAAGAUUUUUGGCCUACCGCAAAACCCCUUUUGCUUUUGACAGUUUCCUGAGGGGACCAGUACCUUUUUGAGAUUGAAGAUUUUUAUUUUUUCCUUUGAUCUACUAAGUGGAAAAUUAAACUUGUAAGUGCUUUUUCCAUUUGAAAAAAAAUUCAUUUGUGAAUUCAUAGUUUUGACAUGCUUGGUGUGGAUGCUCAUUUAAAAGAACGGCUUAUUGCCAGAAAUACUUCAGCUGGUGUUUUUCUUUAAACUGCCUAGUAAAUGAACUAUUAAAAUAAUUAAAUCUCAUCCAAGAGAAAUUUGAUUCUUAUUUUGAGCAAUAUUCACAACAGUGUCUGGUCACAAGUUAUGUUGCACCUAACGAGAAGUUAAAGCAGUGUGGAAAUAUUUUACUUGAAAUCACUUGCUCUUCAACUUAAUUAUGCUUAAUCAAAUCAAUAUUACAAUAAUUUAUUGAAAUGACAUUGCAUUUAAGUAAAAAUGGAUUAAAAUUAUACAAUUUGGAAACUGAAGAAAGAAUGAGUCUUGCAGCUAAAAUGUUAGUCUGUUUUGACUAAUCAAUGCUGGUUGACCUGAUAUCUUUUAAGUAUUUUCUUUAAGUAUAUGGUAGGUUAUUGAGAAUUGAAAAUUCUCUAGACUGCCACUUGUUAUGGAACCAGUACAGGUGAUGCAUGGUCUCUUCCUCUCUGAAGUAGAAGAUUUUUGUUGCAAGGCUACACCAGAUCUUCUUUGUAUGGUAUAACCUUUGUUACAUCUUAUUGUAAUGUUUGUUCCGUUCAGCCCAACCCAGGGCGAAAGGUGACAAGAAUGAACUCUGAAAAUAAAA